AUGCGUCCCCUUCGCAUCUUCAACCUCGCCCGCCCCUCGUCUGCCCUUCCCUCAGCUUCGUGUCGCCUGUCAAUCCAAGCCACCCGUGCUUGCCGCUCCUCGCCCGUCCGCCCACAGUUGCGUCAACGCCAUCACUUCCCCACGCGCCCGACUGGACAUCCCAAAGAAAGUCGUCUGGAUCCUGUCACACUCCUCCUUGCCAUUUCUACUGCUUUCGCGACCGCCUACAUCGUAGACACAUACUACCAAACUCCACACUCCGACAAGCCUACACUCCCUGACACUCCUGUCCUCUCUACCCCUUCGGAACCGCUCUCAGAACCAGACAUGGCUCCUACCACCCUACCGGGACGCCCGGGUAGCCUCACUCCGGAUCAAGAGGAAAAGUUGCGCGAGCUGUGGUUGCAAACCCUCGACGUCUUUGGCGUCAUUAGCGGUGCUCGUCCAAGUGUCGAUGCCGCUUCCGUCGCUUCCACCUCUGCCGCUGCCGAUCCUAAGAAGAAGUCCAAGCUGUCCAUGUUCUCUCGCAAGAACAAGGAUGCCGAUCACUCGGCAGAAAAUACAGACGAUGAGAACGACAAGCACGGCCAGGCCAAGGAGUUCCGUCAAGCCCUCCAGAACCAGAGUCCCGAGUCGCUGCGCACCGCCUUCUGGGGCAUGGUCAAGCACGACGAUCCCGACGCCCUGCUUUUGCGAUUCCUGCGUGCCCGCAAAUGGGACGUUCAAGCUGCCCUCGUCAUGAUGAUUUCGACUCUCCACUGGCGCUCUCAGGAAAUGCACGUCGACGACGACAUCGUCUACAAGGGCGAAGGAGGCGCUUUGAUCGACGCCAAAUCUGCUUCAGAUGCGACUACAAAGAAAGAUGCCGAGGACUUCCUCACUCAAUUGCGCAUGGGCAAGAGUUUCCUGCACGGUGUCGACGCCGAGGGAAGACCUGUUUGCGUUGUCAGAGCUAGACUGCAUCGCGCUGGCGAGCAAACAGAAAAGAGUCUCGAGAGAUUUACCGUCUACACUAUUGACACUGCUCGCAUGAUGCUCAGACCCCCAAUUGACACGGCUUGCUUCGAAGCCAACUACCCUGAAUCGCUGGGCAGUGUCCUCGUCUACAAGGCUCCUUGGGUCUUCCAGGGCAUCUGGAAGAUCAUCCGUGGCUGGCUCGAUCCCGUUGUUGCUUCCAAGAUCAACUUCUGCUCAAAUGUCGAAGAGCUCUCUGCUUUCAUUCCUAAGAGUCAGAUCUCGAAAGAGCUCGGUGGUGACGAGGACUGGGAGUACCACUACGUCGAGCCUAGGGAGGGCGAGAACGACAAGAUGAAGGACGCGGCAACAAAAGACAAGAUCGAAGCCGAACGUAAGGAGCUGGUACAAAAAUACCAGACCGAGACGGUACAUUGGGCCAAGGGCGAGAACAAGGGAGAGCAAAGGUCGGCACUGAGACAGGAGCUGUUGCAAAACUACUGGCAACUCGACCCUUAUGUCCGCGCAAGGACAUUGUACGACCGCAUUGGUGUCAUUGGGCACGGCGGCAAGAUGAACUUCUAUCCCACUGCUGUCUCGACAAGCAGUGCCGACCUCGACUAG